UUAAUUAAUGGAGCUAGCAAGUACAAGGAAUCAUGGUGCGGCUUAUAUAAAAUCAGCUCAACACUCCAUACCAAAAAUAAGAAAGAGCAAAUUAAUUAAUUAAUUAAAGGUUAAAAAGAAAAGCCCAAAAAAUGAAGGGGUUUCAUCUUCUUCUUCUUCUUCUUACAACAACUUUUGUUCUUUCUAUUGUUGUCAAAAGUAGCAAGAAGAAACUUGUGACGACGAUUCUUGUUUUCGUGUGUCCUCUGGUUUUGUGGUGUUUCUUGAAAAACACGUGGCUAAAUCAAUGGCGGAUCCGAAGGAAGCUUCAACAACAAGGCAUCAAAGGGCCGAAGCCUUCUUUUUUGUACGGAAAUGUUUGGGAGAUGCAGAAAAUCCAAGCUUCUGCGGCCAAUAUGGAGGAGACGAAGAAGAUGAAGAAGACGACGACGAAUACCGAUGAAUUUGUUGCCCAUGAUUACACUUCAUCUCUAUUCCCCUACUUUGAACAAUGGAGAAAACAAUACGGUCCGGUUUACACAUACUCGACGGGAAAUAAGCAACACAUGUACGUGAACCAUCCGGAGCUAGUGAAGGAGAUGAACCACUGUAUAUCGUCGGAGUUGGGGAAGCCUUCUUACAUAACAAAAAGACUUGCACCUAUGCUUGGGAAUGGUAUUUUGAGAUCCAACGGCCACGUUUGGGCACAGCAGAGGAAAAUUGUUGCACCUGAGUUUUUCAUGGACAAGGUCAAGGGAAUGGUGGGAUUGAUGGUGGAAUCGGCCGAGUCGUUGACCAACAAAUGGGAGAGUCUUAUCGGAGACGAAUACGGUCAAACGACAGAGAUCAAAGCAGAAGAGGAUUUGAGAAGUGUCUCCGCAGAUGUCAUCUCGAAAGCUUGCUUCGGUAGCUCUUAUUUGAAAGGCAAACAAAUUUUCUCCAAACUUCGAACCCUCCAGAAGGCCAUCACCACCCAAAGCUUCCUCUUCGGUUCCCAUGCAUUCGGGUUGCAGUCGACCGGACAACGUAGAAAAAUUGAGCAUCUGGAGAUCGAGAUAGAAACGCUUAUAUGGGAAGCGGUGAAGGAGCGGGAGCGCGGGCCCCACGAUGACGUGGAAAGUAAGGAUCUGCUGCAGCUGAUAUUGGAAGGUGCGGUGAACAAUAAUGAUGACGUGGGGGGCGACGAUUCGUCCUCAAAGAGUUUCAUAGUUGAUAACUGCAAGAACAUUUACUUUGCCGGCCACGAGUCGACCGCAGUUGCCGCGUCUUGGUGCCUCAUUCUACUAGCCCUGCACCCGCAAUGGCAAGAACGUAUACGGGACGAGGUGGCUCAAAUAUGCGGGCCCCACGGCCGCAUGGACUCCGAUUCUAUCCACAAGUUGAAAACGGUGACAAUGGUGAUUCAAGAAGUGUUGAGAUUGUACCCGCCAGCAGCGUUCGUGUCGAGGGAGGCGCUUCAAGAAACCAAAAUCGGCCACAUUGUCGUCCCGAAAGGCGUGUGCCUGUGGACUCUGAUCCCUACAUUGCACAGGGAUCCCGAUGUGUGGGGUCCGGAUGUGAACGAGUUCAAUCCGGAACGUUUUGCAAAUGGGGUCUCUAAAGCUUGCAAAAUGCCGCAGGUCUAUAUCCCUUUUGGAUUAGGCCCGAGGCUUUGCUUGGGCCGCAACUUUGCGCUCGUUCAGCUCAAAAUUGUCGUGGCCCUAAUAGUGUCCAAGUUCACAUUCACCCUGUCUCCGAAAUACGUACAUUCACCUGCGUAUAGAAUGAUCGUGGAGCCUGGACAAGGCGUUCGUUUACUUGUUCGACGAUGUCGCGAAUAGCUCCUCGUGUGGGCUACCUUUAUAUCUAUAACUUUUGGCUACUAGUUUUAAUUCAAUUUGUGUAAUAUAUGGUAUAAUAUGUAUGUCCAGCUUCAGCAUUUGUUUGAAGUAUUGAGUAUUUAGUGAUAGAUUUUUCAUCGAAACAAGGGAGAUUUAUUCAUGUAAGGCUAAUUAAUUUAUUCAUUUAAAACUCAAAA